AACGACCUAAAUGGGCCGUCCUACGGGUUUUACCAUACAAAUAACAAAUUACGAAUCUCCUCUGCCUCUAGGUUUUCCUCUUCAGCUCUCACCUUCUGGGCAGGUGGAAGUUCUGCACUCUGAUAUACUAUUUACUGCCAGAGACAAUAGUCUGGUGAACCUCUUCUUAGAAAAUAGGCCUAUUUUCUUAAGCAGUUUGAUUAUUGUGCCUGUAGCUUUUUUCUACAGUAUUUUUUUGUUCUCAUGGGGACUCCUGAGACCUCUCGUGAACCUUGCCCUGACCGAAUCCUUGAUGAUGUUGGUGGAGCUUUUGGUAUGGGUGCUGUAGGAGGUGCAGCCUUCCACUUCUUGAAAGGAAUAUAUAACUCUCCUAAAGGUGAGCGUCUGGUUGGUGCUACUCAAGCAGUGCGCAUGAACGCUCCUCGUGUUGGUGGUAGUUUUGCUGUGUGGGGUGGACUGUUUUCCACCUUUGACUGUACAAUGGUUUAUGUCCGGCAGAAAGAGGAUCCAUGGAACUCAAUUAUUGCCGGUGCAGCUACUGGUGGGUUUCUUUCAAUGCGCCAGGGUUUAGGUCCUGCUUCUAGAUCAGCUUUAUUUGGUGGUGUAUUACUUGCAUUGAUUGAAGGAGCUGGAAUAAUGUUGAAUAAAAUGAUGAGUGUACCACAGAAUCUACCUCCAAUGGAGGAACCUUUACCAAAUAUGGCUGGUGCACCUGGAUAUCCAAUGGGUCAACUCCCUGGUCAGCAAAUUGGUCAGUUGCCUGGACAGCCUCCAGUAAGUAUGGAGGGUAUUGGUGCUGGAUCCUCUGCAUCAUCUUCAUCAUCUUCAUCAUGGUUUGGAGGGUUUUUUGGUGGUGGAAAUAAGCAGGAGACUGAUUCAGACAGUGGGAGCAAGACAAAGGUUUUGGAAAGUUUCGAUGCUCCAAACGCUCCUACUUUCGAGUAUAAAUGACCUUAGGAAGUUGAUAUUCUUGUUAGAAUGCCACAUGGUUAGUGGAGAUAUGCUGUUCAUCUUGAUCUGCAGAAGUUGCUAAGAGGUCAACGGAAAUAAUGCCAUGACUUUGUUUAUUAGUACUAGGUGAUGAUGCAGAAGAUUAUAUUCAUUGUGUUGAAUCAUCUUAGACAUGGGAGCUCAUCAUACCCGGUUUUAUAAUCACGGAGUUUGGUGCUUUACAUAAAAGAGUAAAGACAGAUAUUUUCAUUUUGUAUCUGCACCAAAUGCACUUGGAUCUCUUGUUUAUUGUGCGUGUAAGCUUGUAGUGCCUUUUCAAUAUGGGUAAAAUUAGGCAAUUUAUAUCAUGCACUAAGUUACACAUAGCAUUAUGUACCAUGGAUUGAAA